CUUCAAGAAAAAAGAACAAAAUCCAAAAGCCUGUUCUUCUUUGGGUCCACAAUCUCUGUUACUUAUCUAACAAAAUAGCCAAAUUGCAUAACUGGUAGAUGAAGCAAAGGCAGUUAACUGGACACAGACAAUCUCCACUCUCCAUUCCCAUUCAAUUUUGGUACCGGAUUGUAGACUAGUGCAGCUUCAAGCGCUGAUGGCUUUAUCUCUCCACCUUCCAUCUCCGCUAACCCUGCAAAACCCCAUUUCUAAUCCAGUCACAGCUCUUAGAAACCUCGAUUUCACGCCUAAUUAUUUCUUCAAGCCUCCCAAAGUCCGUAACCUCCACCUAGUUGCUAAAUCAUUCUAUUGGACGCACACCCGCUUGGGGUUCCUCUCCGAAAACACUAAUAUACUCGUAUUGAGCUUCCACAGCUCCAGACACUUGAACCUUAGAAAUCAAAUUCAAAGGUUCAGUUGUUAUGGGGUUAAAGACUCAGGCGAGGAAACGAAGGCGGCGGCAGGCUUUGGUGAUGGUGAUGAUGGUGGAGGCGGUGGAGGGGGAGAUGGGGAUGACGGACAGGUGGAAAAGAAAACUGGGCCAUUGCCGGAAUGGUUGAAUUUCACUCCAGAUGAUGCAAAGACGGUGCUGGCUGCAGUGGUCAUAUCAUUUGCCUUUCGGGCUUUCGUGGCUGAGCCUAGGUACAUUCCGUCAUUGUCAAUGUAUCCGACUUUUGAUGUUGGAGAUAGAAUUGUUGCAGAGAAGGUUACAUAUUAUUUCCGGAAGCCAUGUGCUAAUGAUGUAGUAAUUUUUAAAAGUCCACCAGUUCUUCAGGAAGUAGGAUACACCGAUGAUGAUGUUUUCAUCAAACGGAUCGUUGCCAAGGAAGGUGAUAUUGUUGAGGUUCAUGAAGGGAAGCUUAUUGUUAAUGGGGCUGUAAGAAAUGAAAGCUUCAUCCUUGAACCACCAUCUUAUGAGAUGACACCUAUUCGUGUACCAGAGAAUUCAGUCUUUGUGAUGGGUGAUAACCGAAAUAAUAGCUAUGAUUCACAUGUAUGGGGCCCCCUUCCUGCAAAAAACAUCAUAGGAAGAUCUGUGUUCCGCUAUUGGCCACCUAACAGAGUAGGUGGUACAACCCUUGAGACUGGCUGCGUGGUUGACAAGCAAGUGACUGUUUCACCAUCCAGUUCUUCAUCUCAAUAAUCACCCAAUCCAUUGAUUUUUAUCCAACUAAUAGGAGUUUUAAGUAGGGGUAAAGGGAGGCCUUUCACCAUCUUUGCUUCUUUUCACUGUUCACAUUUUUGAGCCUUCAAUUUUGCCCCUUCUGCUUUUCAUUGUUUAGCUAGAAUGGCCAUUCUUAUACAAGCGCGCUCUUUUCAGGCUGCUUUUGUGUCAAUUUCAUUGAUUAUGAGUGUAUGCUUGCCCUUCCUUUGAUUAGAAACAAUUGUUUUCCUGUUUUUAUUAAAUCCCAUUUCCUCCUUGCUUCUUCAAGCAAAAUUUACAUGUAAAUGAGUUUCUGAGACUGAAAUAUUAUGUCACUGGAAUUGUGUAAGCCAGGAACUGCAAAUCUCUUAUACCAGUUCAAUCUGGGUUACCUGAAAACUCGAUCUUCUAUUCUA